CAGCUGGAGGCGAUCGUCAUACCCCCGCUCAGGUACGGCGUUUAUAUUCUCGUGCACUGAAACUUUGCAUCGCUUUGAACAGAAUAGUCCGUUGCGAGCAGCUUUUGGGAACUCCAUUCGCUCCGAUACAAUUGAGAUCUGCCGCCUGGACUGAUGGAGUCUAGGAAUUCGCCUUCCGCGGGUCGUAGGUCUGCAGCGGCAACGGGGUCGCGCAGCAAAUAUGCCUCCCGCGCGUGUCAGGAGUGUCGACGCCGAAGAGCCAAGUGCUGCGGCCAGAAGCCAACGUGUACCCGCUGCCUGAGUCUCGGAAAGGUUUGUGUCUUCACAAGCGAAGCGGACAACAGGGGUUCAGCUCCCAAAUCUUAUGUCGACCUAUUACAGGCACGCAUUAAGCUCCUUGAACAAGUGUUAUGGAUGCACUCCAUCGACGUCGAUGCAUCGGUUGCCCAGCUUCAUUCCCAGCGAACAGAGGUUGCUGCGGAGGGAUCUGCUGCAGCUUACUCCUCUUCAACCGUAUUUCAUGAGAUGUGUGCUGAUUUGGAGGGUGCCUUUUACGUGGACGAGCCACUGAAUCAACAUGAGCAGAUAUCAGCGGAAGCACGUUUCUAUGGUGCAACGAGCGGCCGUCUAGAGAUAUCUUCUUCUCGAGAUAGCCCCUCAAGAUCUCCAGGACAAGAAUCCUCGUCACAUAUUAGUUUCCAGAGUCCUAGUUCGAUCUCGCACUUUAACCGAUGGCCAGAGCAGCCGAUCCCAACGGAGGCAACAAUCAUAGACGACUUUGUAUUAUCGAAAGUAAAAGAAGAGCUCAUUGACCUUUACUUUCAUUGGGAGCAGCCGUGGCUACAACUUGUCGAUGAAAAGCUCUUUCGUAAAAGUCUGCAAACCAAUGGGCGCUAUUCUAGCCCCCUGUUGGUAUGCUGUAUACUCGCAGUGGCCUCGCGUUACUCGGAUGAAGCUGACGCCCGCAGCGACCCUGAUGAUCCUAGCACAGCCGGUAUAGUAUAUGCUGAGGCUGCCGAGGCCAUGCUGCAAGCCGAGAUCAAGAACCCCAGCAUCACUACAGUUCAAUCUUUGGGGAUUUUGGGGUUGUAUUUCAUUGGAAUUGGAUCCGAAAGCAUUGGUUGGCUAUAUAACGGCAUGGCAAACCGAUUAAUCCUUGACAUAGGCCUAAAUAUUGAUAGCAGAACGGUUGCUGGCAUGGAGCCGUUAACAUCGGAUGAGGUGCGUCUCAGGAGGCAGAUCUAUUGGGCACUUUAUUGCAAUGACAAGCUGGGCGCCAGCUACACUGGUAGGGUCUGCACGAUGCUGGAUUCCCAAGCCGCAGUGCCUUUACCCACACCGACAUCAGACAGAGAUACAGGCGAUCAUGAGCAAGACUUGAUCCGCCUACAAUGAGCACUGGCCACGCACUGCCAAAUACUGGAAAAAAUAUUAACACACCUAUAUGCACCCAAAAGGCUCGCAUCGGGUGCGGAAAGAAAGGCCUUUUUUGACUCGACCAUGUUUACCUUGAGAGGCUGGUACUACUCGCUUUCUAAAGAGUUCAAGAUUAGGCCAAACAACAUCAACAGAGAUCAGCCUCUUCUUCCGCAGGUGUGCGUUCUCAAUAUGGUUUACUAUACUUCUGUCGUGUUACUUGCGAAACCAUUCCUUCGUUCGGGGAAAGGU